CUCUAUCUCUCUAUCUCUCAUCUCAAAACAGCCACAUACAAUGCCAUCCAAGCAGGUCUUCUCCAACAAGGACGGUGCGAACUACACCACCUCUAACGGUGCACCCAUCGCCGAGCCCUACGCUGCUCAGCGUGCAGGCCAGAUCGGCCCUCUCCUUCUCCAGGACUUCCACCACAUCGAUCUCCUCGCCCACUUCGACCGUGAACGUAUCCCCGAGCGUGUCGUCCACGCCAAGGGCGCUGGUGCCCAUGGCUACUUCGAGGUCACUCAUGACCUGAGCGACAUCACCUCAGCCAAGCUCCUCACCUCUCCCGGAAAGAAGGUCAGGGCCACCGUCCGUUUCUCCACCGUCGGUGGCGAGAGCGGCUCGGCAGACACUGCCCGUGACCCCCGUGGCUUUUCUACCAAGCUCCGCACGGACGAGGGCAACCUCGACUGGGUGUUCAACAACACCCCCGUCUUCUUCAUCCGUGACCCUGCCAAGUUCCCCCACUUCGUUCACACCCAGAAGCGUGACCCUCAGACCCACUUGAAAGAUGCUGACAUGUUCUGGGACUACCUCUCUCGGAACCCUGAGUCUGCCCACCAGGUCGCAAUCGUGUUCUCCGACCGUGGUACUCCUGAUGGCUUCCACAACAUGCACGCAUACUCUGGUCACACUUUCAAGUUGGUCAAGGACGACGGUUCGUUUGUCUAUACCCAAAUCCACCUCAUCGCAGACGGUGGCUUCAAGACUCUCGACGGUCCGACGGCGGGCCGCCUCUCUGGUGAGAACCCCGACUACGGCAUCCAGAGCCUGUUCGAGACCAUCGAGGCGGGCAAGUACCCAAGCUGGACGGCCUACGUCCAGACGAUGACUCCAGAGCAGGCGGAGAAGUUUCGCUACAACAUUCUCGACCUAACCAAGGUCUGGCCGCAUGCCGACUUCCCCAUGCGCCCCUUCGGCAAGCUCGUCUUGAACGAGAACCCUCAGAACUACUUCGCCGAGAUCGAGCAGGCCGCCUUUUCGCCAUCUCACCUUGUGCCCUACAUUGAGGCCUCGUUCGACCCUGUCCUCCAGUCUCGUCUCUUUUCGUAUCCUGACACCCACCGCCACCGCCUCGGCACCAACUACCAACAGCUCCCUGUCAAUGCACCGAUUGCACCGAUAGCCAACUUCCAGCGCGAUGGCGCGAUGGCGUUUAGCAACCAGGGUCCUCGCCCCAACUACCAGAGCUCGAUCGCACCCCUGACAUACCAGCAGAACAAGUUCUCGAUCGUUGGCUGUGUGCGCGAUGUCGAACGGGAGGUCGCGCACGAGAACUUCCUCGCUGGCGCCUACUUGGAUCUCAGUGAGAUUACUGAGCUCGACUUCGAGCAGCCUCGUUCUCUGUACCAGACGGUCAUGAAUGACACCGACCGUCAGCAUCUCAUUGACAACCUGGCUGGGCAUAUGGGCGGCAUCAAGAGCACCGAGGUCAAGGCCCGUACACUCUCCUACUGGGCAAGCGUCGACCAGGAUUUGUCAGACGCGAUCGCCAAGGCCAUUGGCGCGCCCACUGCCAAGCCUCUACCCAAUGUCAAGCCUGCUGCUGAGGCUAUCCGCUUCAAGGCCAACAUUGGCCUCAAGAGCCAGCUCAAGCUGUGAACGUGAUCUCGGAUAGUGGUGUGCUUUUGGUGUCUGUUGGAAUUGGAGCUAGAAGGAUGAGUGACCCUUGUCUUUGUAUAUCAGUGUACGAUGUAUAGCUGCAAACUGCAAAACAUCUGAAUUACCCUCCGCUUGCAUUACACUGUGACGUAUAGCAUG